UUACUACACUAUCACCACACUAUACUAUCACCACACUAUCACCACACUAUACUAUCACCACAUGAUUACUACACUAUCACCACACUAUACUAUCACCACACUAUUACUACACUAUCACCACACUACACUAUCACCACACUAUACUAUCACCACACUAUACUAUCACCACAUUAUUACUACACUAUCACCACACUACACUAUCACCACACUACACUAUCACCACACUAUACUAUCACCACACUAUACUAUCACCACACUAUACUAUCACCACACUAUACUAUCACCACUCUAUACUAUCACCACAUUAUUACUACACUAUCACCACACUACACUAUCACCACACUAUACUAUCACCACACUACAUUAUCACCACACUAUUACUACACUAUCACCACACUAUUACUACACUAUCACCACACUAUACUAUCACCACAUUAUUACUACACUAUCACCACAUUAUUACUACACUAUCACCACACUACACUAUCACCACACUAUUACUAUACUAUCACCACACUAUUACUACACUAUCACCACACUAUUACUACACUAUCACCACACUAUUACUACACUAUCACCACACUAUACUAUCACCACACUACACUAUCACCACACUAUUACUACACUAUCACCACACUAUACUAUCAUCACACUACACUAUCAGGGCACUACACUAUCACCACACCAUCACCAAACCAUCAUCACACCAUCACCACACCAUCACCACACUACAUUAUGACCACACUAUCACCAUACUAUCACCAUCACUACACUAUCACUACACUAUCACUACACUAUCACCACACAAUCACCACACAAUCACCACACCAUCACCACACCAUCACCACACCAUCACCACACCAUCACCACACCAUCACCACACCAUCACGACACUACACUAUCACCACAACACUACACUAUCACCACACAAUCACCACACCAUCACAACACUACACUAUCACCACACUAUCACCACACAACACUACACUAUCACCACACAAUCACCACACCAUCACGACACUACACUAUCACUACACUAUCACCACACAAUCACCACACAACACCACACUAUCACCACACCAUCACGACACUACACUAUCACCUUCACCACACUAUCACCUUCACCACACUAUCACCAUCACCACACUAUCACUACACCAUCACGACACUAUCAGCACACUAUCACUACACUAUCACUACACUAUGACCACCAUCACACUAUCACUACAACACUCUUAUAAACCAAUCAGAGGCAGGAAACACAAGUAGUAAAGAAUCCCCUAAGGUUAUCCCUGACACUGUAGUGUGUGUGUGUGUAUGUGUGUGCACGUAUGUGUGCAUGUGUGUGUGCAUAUGUGUGUGUGCAUAUGUGUGUGUGCAUAUGUGUGUGUGCAUCUACCUGAGCU